AUGGCCCCCUCGGACAAAACCUUCACGGUGACCAUCGUCGGUGGAGGAAUCGGUGGUCUUACUCUCGCAGUCGGCCUUUUACGACGUCAGGUCCCUGUUCAGAUCUACGAAGCCGCCAGCGCUUUCACGGAAAUCGGACUAGGCUUGUCUAUUGGGCCGGCCGCGCAUCGUGCGAUGCCCCUGAUUGAUCCGCAAAUUCGAGAGAUUUACGAUUCCUUGGUGACCACGCAUGCGGAUAGUCCCGGGUAUGAAGAGUAUCGACAGACCUGGUUCGAAAUCGUGUGGGCGAGUGGGAGGAAAGAGGGAGAAGUGCUGAUGGAUCUCAAGGCCUUGCCCUCGGGACAGACCACGCUGCGACGAGCCAACUUUUUGGAUGCACUGGUGGGACUGAUUCCAAAGGAGAUUGUGCAUUUCAAAAAACGAUUGGACCAUUACACGGAGAACCAGGACGGUGUCGAACUGGUUUUUGAUGAUGGAUCCGCUGUACAGGCCGAUGUGGUCGUGGGUUGUGAUGGAAUCAAGUCUCGAGUCAAAGACUCCAUGUUGUCGGCCGAGGAGUCGAUGCUCACGCAGCCGAGGUAUAGCGGGAUGUACUGCUAUCGAGCUGUUCUUGACAUGGAAACGAUGGUGAAGGCGGUCGGUGAUCAACGUGCUCGAGUCUCGAGCAUUUAUAUCGGCAAGGGAGCCUACGCGAUUUCAUAUCCGAUCAUGAGAGCACAGAAAGUCAAUACGGGACUUUAUGUGCUUGACCCAACCUGGGACCAUGAUACCUGGGUUAAGCCUGUCACUCGGGAGAGAAUGCAGCAAGAUGCGACAAACAUGGGCCGAUUUGUACGGUCUUUAAUCGAGGUCAGACAUCAAUUUCCACUUGGUCCCGAGGUUUCUCAAGCAAUGUUGACAGGAUAUCACAUGCCCGAUGCUUCACAGUGGGCUCUUUUUGAGCAUCCUCCAAUUUCCACAUUCUGUCGCUCACGGGUUGCCAUCAUGGGAGAUGCAGCCCACGCAUCUACGCCGCACCAGGGUGCCGGCGCCGGCCAGGCCAUCGAAGAUGCCCAUGUCUUGGCUGAGCUUCUCAGUGAUGAGCGAGUAAAGACCGGUCAGGAUGCCGUCGCUGCUUUCAAAGCGUAUGACCAUGUCCGUCGCCCACGGACCCAAAAAGUGGUCAGUAGCAGCAGGGAGGGUGCAGAUUUCUUUUGUCUGUGCCUGGAUGGAGUGGAAGACGAUGAAGAGAGGUUGAAAGCGGCUCUUCAGUCUCGAUUCCGAUGGCUGUGGGAUCUGGAUAUCCCGGAACAAGCCCAGCGAGCAAGGACUACCAUGUACAGUGUUCUCGAGUCGUUGACGGACAACUCGCGUCCAUGUAAUCUCUAG